UCUCUUGGGUCACAGAUGUAUGGGCAAGCAUCGCUUAGAGCUGUUGAAGGUCCCUUUUCUGGGCCAGGAUAUACUCUAACCAAAGCCUCUCAUUCACCACUCGUCAAUUCGAGGUGGAAUUCCUCUGGAAAUAUUGGCAAGAACAUCAUUUCCGAGAUCCAUGGUAGAGGGGGAUCGGACAUUGAUAAUGGCUCAAGGUUGGCCACGAAAAGACGCGGUGUACCAAUUUCAAUUCCGGUUUCCGAUAAAAAAGCUAUCACCAAAAAUAGCUUGCAGGAAGGAGACGUAAGGAUAAUGACUGUAAGCUCACAACCAGAUGCGACGAUUCCUAUUCAAGACCUUCCACCUGCAGUCCUUCGCAGUCUUCAUGAAAGCUCAUGGACUUCACUUGUAUUCGAGAGUACUCCAAAGUCUUCCACAUUCAACAUGUUUAAGUCCAUACUCGAAGAUUUUACAAAUCAAAAAUGGGACUGGUGGCCGUUCAGCCCAAGGUUCCCAUCUUUGGCUAGCCAGCGGACUCGAAUAAGCUGGAUAUGUUGCUGUGGGAGGAAGCUCUGGUUUGACGCCACUCCAACGCAGAGAAUGGCAAUCGAGAGACUUCUUCAUGGUCUCUCUGCCAAUCAUGAAAGCACAUCCCCCUGUUCGCAAUUGCAAUCAAACGCAAGCGGACAGCAUCGCCAAACCUCGGGUUCUGGAACUGCUCCGGGCAGCCGCGAAGGGCAAACAGGUGGCACAACUAAGAUGGAGGACGUGUCGCGUGGGAUAAGCACGAGCGCAUCAGCUGGUAAUACCAGCGAUGGAAGCUCGCUGACCCCAAGAAGCUCAAGAACUCCACGAACAUCAGAUCUAGGGUCAUUAACUACUACCGACACCUCCAUCGAAGCCGCGCCGGACGCGCUCUGGCUAUUGUUCAGUGUCCAUGGUGCGAGGAGGUUACUUGAAUGGGAUCAGAUAUGCAACGCUGAACUGUUAUCAGAUCAUCUAUUCAUCAGAAAACUCAAGCACAGACACAGUGAGAUGAGAGGUUGGCUCCGCCGAUGCUUUUCGAUUUGGCAAGUCCGGCAUUGGAACUUUAUUAGGUUUCGAAGGACAGCAAGGCCUGGUGAGAUCGAUGAUCGAGGGCCGGGCUUACCGCGCGGACUUGAUUACUAUUUCCACGGGAAAAACACAGCAACAAUUGAAGAUCCGGGGAUAUCGGAACACGAAUUUGAGACCAUGAUGGCUUCCUGCCUCUCUGCCUGCUGGCCAUCGAACUGGUUGCCUGGCUAUCGAAACGUUCAUGAGUGCUAUGAUUUCCCCGAAAAUUCAACAUGGUACGUGGACCGUCUGCCAAAACGUAGUCAUUCGUUUCGUCCGAAGCCCGGGUCAGCCCCCGAAGAUGAAGAUCUAUGGGGUAUUCGAGCAGGUUACAAAGUAUCUGCGAUACACGUUUUCGCUUACCAUUUCAUUCUCAUUAUAAUCACCUUUAUCGUCGGCGGAUGGUGGUAUGUGACGCAUCCCGGAGACUUGCAAGGCGCAGCGGUUCCCCUAAGUGUGGCAGGAAUAUGCGUGUCUGCAUUCUGGGGUCUCUUCGUGAUUCUUGGGAGACAGAAGUAGGAUAUGAUAAGAUACUUCAAGAUGUGAUUAAUGGUGCUAGGCUAUGGAGAGC